UAUUGAAAUAUCAUAAAUUUUGUACCUUUCCAGGAUGCAGCUUCUUUGGUUUCUGUCAGUAGUGUCCCUACUGUUAUCAGUAACAACUGCAGCAAAACAGAAUUCCAAACCUAACAUCAUAUUCAUAUUAGCAGAUGAUUUGGGAUUCGAUGACGUGAGCUUUCAUGGCUCCAAGCAGAUUCUAACUCCAAACCUGGAUGGAAUGGCAAACAGUGGAAUUAUUCUCAACAACUAUUAUGUGCAGCACAUAUGUACACCAACUAGAAGUGCUUUAAUGACUGGUCGAUAUCCCAUCCACACAGGUACCCUUAUUAUAUUUAUAGCUUGCUCUAUGGAGAGAACUUGUCACAGUGUAACAUGUGCUGUGAUUGGCUGAUUAUAGUUGGAGUGGUACUGUCCAAAGGCAUUGAUACUAAGUAAAACUGAUGUUGAUGUUAGACCGGCUGUCAAAUACCAGACAAUAGGGAGCUUGAGAAACCACGACGGUGACGC